AUGACAAGAGAGUUCACAUCAUCCGACUGUGGCUUCAUGGAGCUUGCUUUAAAUCAGGUAAUUCUUUGUCAGUGUAACUUCAGUAUAUGUAACUGGGGUCUUUCUUAGAAGAUGAAAUUUCGCUCCUUUUUAGCGUGAUUAUUGUUGUUUUAAACAAGUAACUGUUUCGAUAAAUUCUUAUAUUCUUUGGUCCUGAUUUCUGUCUUUCAGUUCGUUAUUAAUGUGGCAAACAUGUCUGAAAUGACCUUGUAUCAUGCUCACUCUCGCACAUUUAAUCACAUACCAAUGCAAUAAGGGAGACCAAUUGGUUUGUAACUUGUUGAUAGCGAUUACAUCCUGGUUUUUUGAUGGAGGGAAUGCAUGUUGAGUGAUUCCUUUCUGGAAGCACGUGUGCAAGCAUCCUCUGAAUGGGAAUUGGCCGCAGAUAGAAGAUGCCCCGUUGUUGCCUUUCUGUUAACUGCCCCGUUGUUACCUUGCUCAACUGCCACUUUAGAAACUUCUUCUUCCUCCUCUGAAUGGUGCACCGCAACCUUGUGGUCGUCUCCUCCUGUAGCAGUCAUGAGCUUCAUGAUGAGCGUUUUACUGGGUUUCUCCAUGUUCAUGGGUGGGUUUACAGAGGUGCAUCUCGACACGGAAUUGGGGGGACUUUCAUCAAUUUUGUGACCCAUGUUGGUAGGCACAUGUGCCAAUUAUGCAAGUCUGAAAUUUGAACCAAACUUAUUGUUAAUCUUGUGGUUCAUCUCAGCCUCACUCUUGCUUUCCUGGAGAAGUUCGGAGCUUGGUUCGUCAACGUUUUUAUCUCUUUUAUCGCGCGUGAAAAGUGAAAAGCACCGCUGCUUCUGUGGCAUCUCCUGCCACAUUGCCCAUUGGAUCCUUACACUAAUAUGGUGCGAUGGGUUAAUGCUGGCAGAUUGUGGUGGCUAGGAAUAGAUAUGAAUGUUUCAUAGAAUUUAGAGCUAUUUAUUGUAAACUUAUUUCCUUUCUCGGUUACAUGGAGUUAGAAAAUUUUUCUCGGGAUUUAUGCAUGCCUGAAGUUGGAUUGAAUCGUGAGUCACACGAGCCAGAUAAAUGCCCUCCGAUCUGCCUCAAUUUUUGAGUUCGGUUAGUCUGAUUAAACCCAACUCAGUAAAGUUCUUGCAGACUAGGGGCAUAUUUUACAUGUAAUUCAAUGUUUAUGAAAUGUAUUGAUUCUCUUUCCUUAUGGGGCGUUAGAGAAAUGGAAAAUCUACGCCCUGUGCUUUCCUGAAUGCUUGUUGUCGCAUCAAAGUUACGUCUUGUGUGAAUGAAACAGUUUGAACGUCUUUAACAGUCAUUAUUGUUAGAGGUGAAUGUUUGUAUUCUUUAACCAUUUUGGUCUCUAAAAAUUGCAGGCGAAGUUAGCAAUGAGUAACUUGGAAGUCCCUGUGGGGUAAGCCUUUUUUUUUCCUAAAAAUGCUCUAUUUGGAAUAUAUAAAACUUGAUUUGCUUGGGGACUGCAUGUAUUUUUGAUUUGCUAUUCCUGUGUCUUUUAGCAUACUAUUUUUCACUUUAUUUGAUCUUCUAUGGAUAGUGAUUCAUAUUUUUGGGGUGAUUUGCCAAUUUUAUAUAAAACGUAUGAGUGUGUUGUUCAAAUGUGACAUGCUGUUGUUGACUCUUAUGACCAUCCGAAGUGGAAAUUAAAAAAAAAUGAGAUCUGAAUUGACUCGAGUACGGUCAGAGCCUUAUUCUCCCAUGGGUUUAAAGAAAAGAGGGCUCUUGUAGUAUAUGCGGAUUAGUCAAUUUGUGAACCUCAGCUUCCAGGUUGCUUGCAUUUCUGUAUUUAAGUCCACUGACUUUUUUUCUUCAUCUCUUCUGCAUUUAUUGGCCUAUCCUUUUAAUUGAAGAAAUCAACAAUAAUCUACAGCAUCCACUGAUGUGCAGUAGGAAGGAAUCAUACUAGCAAAAUGGGAGAAAAAUGUAACUUCCUGAAGUUUUAGUGUUGCUGGAAAUGAAAAUUUCACUUUUACAACAUAGAAAUGAAGGGGUGUUUAAAUGUUGAUUAUAAAUAAAGGUGAUGAUCAUUUCAUGCGAUUUUACUUUGAUUCUUAAUGUACUCAUUGGAUUUUAUGACUUUUACAAGAUAUUAUUAUUAAACCAUGCUUGAGGUGAUAUUCACAGUGAUAAGAUUUUUCAAUAAAGGAAUGUACUUUGGUUCUACGUAUGAAGGCAUGCUGGUUUACAGUUUACAAGAUGAGAAUAUUUUACUAGGAUGGAAGACUCUCUCUCACCCAUUUUCCUCUUCUUAGUGAAGAACAUCUUCAACAUGUAUGUGUAGGGGUGCUUUUAAGAUUUCGAAAUGUAAAAAACAUGUUGCCUUGUUUUGCUUACUGUUCAGUUUGGGCAAUUCAACCCUAUGUUGAUUUCGAUUAGAUGCUGCUCUUGGGCUCGUGACAUGCAUCCAUAAUAGGCUCUUUUAGUGGCAGUUGGAGAGUGUAAUUUGCUGCUAUUGAGGUUGUGAUUUUAUUCUUGUAAUGUAGCAGCAAUGUUGUUGGUUUCUCAAAUGUAGCAUCUUGCUAAGCAACUACCAUCCUGUCCUAAUGCAAGUCUAGGAACUGGGCAGAUAUCCACAGAGCCCUAAUAGAACAUGGGAAGUAGUUCAAGAGGCUUCCCUUCCCCUCCUUAGCUCGACUGAGCCCGUAGAGUCUUUUUCUCCAAAAGAUGUCCCUCUCGUUUGUUUGUGGGGUCUUAAUACCCUAACCUUACAAUGAACUAUUUGCCCUUCUCGCCCCCUUACUUCCCUGCCCCUCUGUCAUCUGUUUCUGUCUUCGACUGUAGGUUUUCAUCAGAGCAUUAUCAAUACUUCCCCCCGGCAGCAAGCACCUUGUCCUCAAGGUUGAAAUCUGGGAACUGUUGGUGUAUGACAGCGGUUGGCUCUCAUGAUGCUUCAAAAACGGGCAGAUCUGUCCACUGAACAAGGACCUCGAAACCUGUUGGGGUGUACCUUGUCCCAAGUACUGCUUGGGGCAGACUCGUGUUUACGUAGCACCCGAUGAAAAUGAGGCCAAUACUUGGGGGCAGCAGACAUGACAUCCUCUUAAGGCCAGUGGGGGGGGGAAACGAGAGGUGUGAGUACCCUCUCCAAUUUCUAUACAAAAACAAGGCUUUCAUGUGGAUGAUGCUUAAAUAUGGGCAAAAUGUCAUAGUCUUCCUUGAUUUCGUGUUGAAUAUAUAUCAUUCAAGUUCAUUUUUGCCACAACAUUUGGAAGAUCAUUACAUCUUGGUCAGACCAAGGCAUGGUCAAUGAAAUAUACUAGUUUUUGCAUAAAAAUUGGUGAGACUCUCCCACACCACCCAUUCUACCACAUUGGUCUUGGAAGAUUUCAUGGCAGGUGUCUUUAGGUCUUACUUCCAUUCUUAUGGGAUCCUAUACAAAUGGGGUUCGAUGUCCUUCCUUUUGGCAGUUCUAUCACAUCAUCGACAUCUUUGGGUGUACUUAUUAUUUAUAAUUCUCCUACAUCGUUUGGCCCAUUAUCUCAUGAACAUAAAUGUACUGAGCAGGGCAUCAUUUUAAUUGUACUUACUAACACAAUAAUAAGGCAGGAGAUAUCUACUGGCAAGUUAAUUUUAUUAUAAAAUGGACUUUAACCGAUCUUCAAUCAAUUAAAAAUAUCAUUAACUUGUUUUCCUUAAAUCUUCCUUGUUUUUCAUAUGUAUAGGUUAAGUUUUUAUUUUUUCUACUUUUGUGGAUAAGAAAUAACUACCAAAUAUUUUCAUUUCCGCCUUCUAAAGAACCUUGUGAGUGAUCACAGUUUUAACACUGAAAGCUGAAAUAUAAUACAUGAAAAAGGAUUGUGAAUAGACUGAAAAGGUAUGCUCUGUUUUUGUUGGGGAAGGAGAUACAUAUUGAUUUGGGCCGACCCAUGUAAAUGCCUUUCUUUUCUGUUUUGAAUUGUGAUUGGGAAUAGGAUACAAGCUGACACUUCUCAUAUAGCGUUUUUUAACAGCUCUCAUACGAAUGUUGGGAAAUCCCCAAAAGAUUGAUAUAAGGUUUGGCAUCAGGAUAAAGAAAAUGAGAAUGGGUAAUCCGACAGAGAACCAGUCCACAGGAAUAGAGAUUCACAAACGAGGGAGGAAUGGGAGAAAAAAAGAUAGAAAAAUAUCCAACAGGAAGAGAAAAUAAUGUCACAUUCAUCGUGAUCCUUUUCUCCCUUCCUAUGACCAGUUAAAAGAAAUGUUUGAGGGAAACUUAAACUCAUCCUCUAACUCUUCAGUUGAUUAAUCUGAAUGCAAAUUACUGAAUUCAGUGCCAAAAGGGAAAUAACCUUUGAGAUUUUUAAUCUGGAUGGAGGAUAAAAUGGGGUCGAGCCCAAGCAUGAGGAAACUUUUCCUCUAAAGCUGACCUUUUCCUAAGUUAAAAAGUUAGGAACUCUUCUUCAUUGUUUUUUAAUUUCAAGAAAAGGCAAUUUAUAAUGAGCUAAGAUCUGUCUGAACAAAGACUUGGUCCAUGAUUUAUGGCCUGUUUAGAAACAUUUCGUGAGGUCCAUCACAAGCAUCAUUUAGCUUCAAGAACCAUCAUCAUUACCAAAUUCCUCUGAGAUUCCAUGACAGUCUCAUUUAUUUUCUUUAAAAACUACCAGGAAGUUUCACCCCGCUUUGCCCCUUGAUCAAAGCCUUUAGUGGUAGGUAAAAAUAUUUAAUGAUGUUUGACGAUCUGAUGUAACUUAUAUCAGUGAAGUUCUUCAACUGGUUUUCUUUGGGGCCGGUGACAAUGGUUCUCCCAUCAUAGCCUCAUGUCCCGGAGGGCAAACAUGUCUUUUUUGCUCGAAGCGUUCUCAUAUGCAAGGUUUUUGGCAAGACUUUAUGCUUCCAUGACCUUAUUAAGGCACUGUCCAGAAGUUUUGUUAACCUUCUACCUGUACUCAGCCUUUAUAGUUGAGUUUAUUUUAUCGUCGGCAUGUCUUUAAGUCAGUCGAAUGAAUGUGUAGUAAAGCUUUCUCAAAAUGAGAUUGUAAGAGUACAAAUUGGCGCUUUUAUGUGUCAUCAUGAGUUUAUUUUUGAUUUUUGAUGUGGGCAGUUUUUCAUGUAGUUUGAAUUCAUUUCUUGGGACCCCGUGACUGAAUAGUUAUUUUUUCUGUGUCUUCAAUUUUGUUUGUAUUUCUAGUUGUGUUAUUGUUGAAGAUGGGAAGAUCAUUGCCUCUGGGAGCAACCGGACAAAUGAAACACGAAAUGUAUGGAUUGUGUUUCUUUUUAAUUAAAAAUAAAUUAGUUAAAAAUUGAUACAGUUACCUUCUUUAGGUUUUAUUUGGUUUGCCCUCUAUUAGUUGCUAUCUUUGCAUAAAAUCUUACUUUUUGUGCACUGUGCCCGUUGGUUUUGCCAGUUAGGAAUUCUAUCUGAAUACUCCAACUUGGCAAGUAAUAUGAAGUAAUAAAAUCAAGAGAACAUCCCAUGCUUGAGUGUUUGACCUACUCAAGUUUGGACAAUUCUGUUAAAAAUAAAAAGAAAACGUUGAUCCCAGUAACUUAAACGUGAGAUGAAUAAAUAACUAAUCAUGGAUGUCCUAAUGGCAUGCAUAGCUGAACGAGGUGUGGUUAACAAAGUGGAAGUAUAUAUGUCGAGUUUGAUGAUUGAUAAUUGACUAUAGGAAAACAAAAAUUAUAUUCACAUGGAAGAGUUUUUUUGGGCUAGGAUGUCUUCUUUUUGAUUUCAUUCCAUUAUGUAGUUUGUAUCAUGAAAACUGCAAGUCAGUCAUUGUUAUUAUAACGUCACAUCAUACAGAAGAUUAUCAUGUGGUCCGAGAAGAUGUUUCUACACCCAUCAUAGAUUUGUUUUAUUUCAUACAACUUAAUUCUUUUGCAUCGUAUCCGGGUUGAAGGUUCUGUCUUAUGUUGUCUUUUUAAUGUUGUGUAUUUAGAGAUAUCAAAUAAAGCGAACUGCACGUGAGAAGAAAGAUAUCAAUUUUCCUGCGUUGAAUGAGAGAUGUGAAGCCAGUGAACGAUUAAUAAUAAUUCAUACCCAAAACAUGGAGAGACAUGUUUUGGAUGGCUCGAUUAUUUUAUAAUUAGAUGGUAAAUCAUGAUACAUGGUCAGAAUAUGCAGAGAAAAGUUUGAAUUUAUAUGCUAGGGACAUAGUUGAAAUUUGUUUUUGAAAAAUGGUUUAUACUGACUUCUAAGAGAAUCUACAUAAAUGUGAUACACGGUUUUAGAAUAUAUGAGAUGAAAUGUUGAGAGAGAGUCGUUCUUACAGUUCAACAAUUUCAGAUGUUAGCAUACGUCUGUUUCGGAUAUGUUACCACUGUCACCAUGAUAGCAUCCCUAAACGCAGUAGGCUACAACAGUAAGCUUUGAUAUUUUGUGUUCAUUCAUUUUGUGUUCCUCCAGGUGAUCAUUCAUCUAGAAAUUCUGCGUCAGCAGUUUUAUUCGGAGAGAACAGUUGACAGUUAGGCUGGUUUAAUAUUUUUCUAGAACGUCAGUAGUGAAUGAUGAUUUUAUAAUACUUUUAGGGACAGAGUGGAUUUCAUGGGGUUAUUUUCUGCAUGGGUUUCUGUUACCACUUUGAGAAGACAACACGAAGACUAUUUUUCAGCUUAACUAUAUAAAGAGUAGUACAUGGGAUAAAUCAAUGUACUGUCAGUACAACAUAAAGCUGCACAACCUGAGGGAGACAACCUGCUACAGUGAUGAGAAUACUGGACGGUGUUGCUUAAGUGUCCAGUGUUCUCCAGAUUUAGACUUGAAAAAAUCAGAUUAUUCUCUAUCCAAAACUCUAAAGAAUUUUACUUUUAAAUGCUUAUUCAGAAACUCAAUGUUUCUCUUUGAACUUCGAAUUAAUCCUAAACAUGAAAGGUGGGCACAUAUUUCUCUUUGAACUUCGAAUUAGUCCUCAACAUGAAAGGUGGGCACAUAUCUGUACCAGUAAGUACGAGGACAAAAGUAAGUAGGAAGACAAAAAACGUGAAUAGCCUGACAAUGAUGAUGUUAGAAAAAAUGUCAAAUUUACAUUAUUUUCAUUUGCUAGUAUAGCUCUCUAUUGUGCUUUGUUGGAUAAUGGAAAUGGUGUUAACUUCAGCGUUCAUGAUUCUUAUCUUCGAAUACAUUUUACUGCUUGCUUAUUUCUAUGAUUUUAAUUUUUAUCUCUUUUUUAAAAUUUGAAAGAUCCUCUGGUAUCAGUUUUGAUACACGGCCCAAAUCAAUCUUAAAUAGCCAUUAAAUUAACUGGUUGAUUUUGGAUUCCAUUUGAGGGAAAGAGAGGCAUACGAAGAGAGUAUGGGCGAUGAGACUGAGAGAAAGAGAAGAUGGGGCUUAGAGGUGGUAGCUACAGUUGAUGUCUAACUCAAUGGCCUAUUUCUAUUUAUUACCGUUAUAUGUAAAAUAUUUGGGUAUUCUUUCAUUGAAUAAUUGUAUUCCGUAGUCAUGGUCCUUCAGUUCAAAUCAUGGAAUUUGAUUUUACAUUUUAUGUGGUGUUCUUGCUAGUCAUAUCUAUCAUAACUCUCCCAGAACCUGCUUUUUGGGUCUCUUUGUAGGCAACUAGACAUGCAGAAAUGGAGGCAAUAGAUUUUCUGCUAGAACAGUGGCAGAAGAAUGAACUUUCCCACCUUGACAUUGCAGAAAGAUUUUCAAGAUGUGUUCUUUAUGUCACAUGCGAACCAUGUAUAAUGUGUGCAGCUGCUUUGUCCAGUCUCGGUGAGCUAGUCCGUCUCCUAUGGCAUUAAGACAAACAUACAAGUGAUGUUUGUGAUUAAUAUGUGGGUCCUUUUUAGGGAUAAGAGAGGUUGUUUAUGGCUGCGCGAAUGAUAAGUUUGGAGGAUGUGGAUCCAUCUUGUCAAUGCAUGAAAGUACUGAACACCUUACCAGGUUUGCUUCUGCUUCCGAAUCUUUAUAAUACCAGCUAAUAAUCUCAUUCAGCUUCUCCUUUCCUUUUGGACAUUGAUUACUCCUCUCUCAAUCUGUGAUAUAUUCUGUUACAGGACAGUUCUUUGAAACGAUGGAAAACCUCUAGUGUGGUAAGGACGCGUAAUAAUAGGCUGAAAUAAGCAUAAAACCCCAUCAACUUUACGAUUUUAAGAGCUUCGUCAAAUUAAAAUGAGGGAAAAGUUGCCAUUUAUGAGCAGAACUCUGCAAUUGCAAAACGCUGCCACCUUAGUGGGGGAGGAAGCAGAGCUAUGAUCCUCAUUCUUUUUUUAUAAAAUUUAAUGUAUAUGGCCUUUAACAUAUCAAAGAAAAAUAUCUAUUGCUCAAACACAUCAGCCACGUCAUCAAAGAGUCACAUAUAUUUCCCACCAGCAGUACUUUAUCAUUAAGAGGAUAUGCCCUCAGGGAUUUCUGGGCUUGCAGCUCUUACCGAACUUCAAAGCAUAGAAACUAUUUCGGCGUUUCUUCUUCUUGACUUUGUUCUUUUGUCUGCUCAGAUCUCGCCAAGGAAAGGGCUUUGUGAGCCAUGGAGGAUUAAUGGCAUUGGAAGCAGUAGAUCUGUUCCGAGGUUUCUAUGAGCAAGGAAAUCCAAAUGGUAUGUUUUUGACAUGUCUUUGUCCAUAGAUUUUUUGAAACUUUAUUUUUCUUGUUCAAAGUGGUCAAUGCUCAGAUACUAAAAUAUGAUCUGAUGAAAUUUGGGCUUUUCUGAAAAAAAAAACAAGGAUCUAAUAUGAAAUCUGCUGAAGCCAGCAGAAGAGGGAGAAGUGGGGGCACUAAGCUAACAAUUAAGAGUGUUUGUCAGAUCAACUGCGGAUGAAGGAUGACAAAAGAGAAUUGUAGGCGAUCUAUUCGCAAGUAACCUUCCACUGUCAUUCCACUAUAUUCACUCGCCUAAUAAAGGUGUAAAGGUUUAGCACCCGAGCAACAUUUAGUCAAGUGAUUAAAACGUCAAGCGUUGCUCUUGAAUUUAUCUAAACAAAAAAAGUAAAAAAUAAAGUAGACACUGGUUACACAGGAUCUUGUAGUGCCGGAGUCCAAAGCUCACUGCACUUGAGCAGCUCACGGAUGUUUAAAUCGAGAAUUUUUAUAACCCGCGCAGAAGAUCUUUCCAUUGCAAAAGCAUGCCACCAACUGGCUAGUUUUCCUGUUUAUUCGGUUUUUCUGGGUGCUUUAGUGCCGCCAAGGUGUUAUUCAUAGCUGCUGACUCUUCUCGACGAUUUACCUUCUAAACUUGGCUAAAUUUUCAGGCGUCACCCUUCACAUUGGUAGGAUCGAGACAUCUAGUUCGGUACACAUGUGUAAACGCCUCGGUGUUUACAGCUUUUCAUAGGUAUUGAUCCACCAAAGCUAGGCAGUUUGUAAUAUUGUGCCCAACCCAAAUUCGAAAGUGUUUACCCAAUUACUGCCUGCCGUACACAGAAAAGCUUUGCCGGCAGAGAUGUUUGGUCGGAGGAUGAGAAGAAAUCCACUGUUUGGGCUGUAGACUAGUCUCUGGUAAUUUAUCAUGGCGCCCGUAAUAAAGCUGUUUCUUUUCUUCAGCAAGUGUAUGCAUCAUCAUCAUCGUCAUCUUAAGGCCGGCUACCGUUCAGGUCCGACCCGCAUCGGGUCUGUGGUGGCCCCAGCUUUUGCGGUUAUUAUUGAUGAAAGUUUUUGGUCUUGAUAUCCAGCUCACCCGCGUUUCUCCGCGUUUUAUGCAGCCCCCAAGCCCCACAGACCUUGCCGAAUCUCCCAAGAAACAGUCUGA